AUGGAUCAGAGGCAGUACCCCGGCCAAACAGAGAAACCUGGAAGUCGGAAGCAAAAUGAUUUCCGGGGUAAAAGACAAUAUGACAAAAUCUCAGCUAGAGGAAGAGUUGAUAAGUACGCACCUCUAAAUUCAUCUAGGUCACAAGUCUGGAGGGAAGUAGCCUCCACAGAGAUGAAGAAAGUAGAUAGACCUCGGCCAUUGUUGAACCCAGCCGGGUUAGACCAAUCUCGGUAUUGCGCAUUUCAUGAUGGCCCUGGACACACUACUGAUGAAUGUUGGGAUCUGAGAGAUGCAAUUGAAAAGUAUAUUAGAGACGGGAAACUGCGUCAAUAUCUGAUAAGGACUCAAGGAUGGAAGAACAACAGGAAGAGAAGAGGAGGCCGACCCAUGAGCCCGCCACGAGAAAAAAGAUUCAAGGAGGAAGGCCGAGGUAAGAAGCCGGCCAAAGAAGAAGACGAAUUCAUGGAACCAGAGUUUGAAAGCAAUGUGAUUAGCGGGGCUUUCGGUGGGGGAGGUGAUACCAUGAAUGCCAGGAGAAAAUACUUGAGAGAGGUGCUUUCGAUACAAGAACAAUCUAAGUUUAAACAAGCUGAACCAGAGCCGCCACUACUGUACUUCACGAAGAAAGAGUUGGAGGAUGUGGUGCCAGGAUAUGUUGAUGGGUUAGUUAUUACAAGAACGCUAGUCAACUGCAAAGUCAAAAAGAUAUUUGUGGACAACGGAAGCUGUGCCGAGAUAAUCCUAUGGCAGGCAUUCCAAAAAAUGAAUCAAGAUGAGGAAUAUUUGAAGCCCUGCAACACGGCUUUGAUUGCAUUCAAUGGCCAUAACACCAUCCACAAAGGGUAUAUUGAUCUAAGGCUCACUUUGGGAACCAAAGAGGCAUACUAA